AUGGAUAAAAGCGGAAUUUUUUACAAGUUAAUGCCCAACCGUACCUUAGGUUUUAAAGGAGUACGUUUUCACGGAGAUGCAAAAAGUGAACAACUGGUGACUGUGGUUUUAUGCUGUAAUUCGGAUGGAUCUGAAAAGUACAAGGCGUGGGUAAUAGGAAAAUCGCGUAACCCACGAUGCUUUAAAAAUGUUGAUAAAUCACAUUUACCGUGUGAUUAUACUCAUCAUGUGUCAUCGUGGAUAGAUGCUCAAGCGUUUCGAGAAUGGCUACUCAAACUAGAUCAGAAGAUGAUUGCCCAACAUCGUCAUAUUCUUUUAACUUUAGACAACUGUGCUGCACAUAAAACUGAAAACCUAAACUUAUCUAAUAUCACGGUGUAUUUCUUUCCGUCCAACACUACAAGUCGAUUGCAGCCACUUAACCAGGGCAUAAUAGCUAAUUUUAAGUCAUUUUACAAGGCAAAACUAGUGAAAUUUGCUAUUUUUGCUAUUGAAAACAAUGGAAAUGUUAAAUGGGGUUUGCUACAAGCUAUUAAAGCAAUAGGUUCGUCUUGGAAUGCAGUUAAUCAACAAACAAUUAAACGUUGUUUUAAUAAAACAUGGCCGAACACUGAUUUAAUAGAUGAAGAAAAUUUUGAUAUGUUACCACCAGCACCCAGAGAAUGGACUGUUUUACAAGAGAUACAGCCACUUGAAAUUUCAUUUGAAGAUUUCGUUAAUGCCGAUAACGAUUUGGCCAUUUGUCUAGAGCCAGUCCUGAGCACUUUUGAAGAUAGCGAUAACGACAUUCCUGUUCCUACAACUACAUACUUGUCAUCUGUAGAUAGUGAUGAAGGUAAUGAUCAUCUCCAGCCCACCAGAGAAGAAGUUAAUGCCGCUUUACGAAUUUUAGCUAGAUUCUCAGCAACUAUGAAUGUAAGUGAGCAAUUUGAAAAUUGUUUGGAAACAAGUUCCACUGAGUGUGCCAUUAAAAUGGCUUCAGAAUUAAAGCAAAAAAACAUUACUGACUUUUUUAAAGUCAAUAAUCAAUAG